AAUUUAUUUCAAAUGUAUUCUAUUUAAAUUAUAUAUUAAAUAAAAAAGAUAAAUAUUUUAUAUUGUACAUAAUGAAAUUUAUUAUAUUUUAAAUGUAUUAUUUUUAAAUUAAUUAAAAUAUAAAAACAUUAUACACUGCUUUAAUAUAUCAUAAAAAAUUUAAUUUGGAUAUUUAUAUCAGUUAUUAUUAAUUAUUAGAAUUAAUAUUUCUUUAUGCUUAGAUUGUGGAAGCGUUAAGAAAUAAAUAAUACUGGCUUGAAUGAACAGAGUGAAUGUGAUUCUUUUAAAUAAAUACUAAUGUUUACAUUUUUUUCCAAUCUUAGUGACGGUCUGCACAUUUGGAAUCAUCUGCUAACCGAGGAUACUAUGUCGAAGGUUAAGCGAGAUUGAAUUGUCACAGAACAUUACAGUCACGACCUAUAAAUGAUACAAUGAGAUUUUUUUUUUACAUUAAAUUAUAAAUUAAUAUAUUUUUAUAUAUUUUUUUCUUCAUAAAUUUUUUAACUACUAUUGUGAUUACUUACAUAUAUGUCACUAAAUUCUCAUUGUAUCACAUGUUUUUUGGGAGAACAUAAAUAUUGAAAAAUAGUAUGAGUGAUUGGUGUGCAAAUAUUAUUAAUAACAAGAAUGAGUUGAUUUUUAGAUGGCUAAAGUAUUUUUCGAUGUGGAAGACAUGAGCAGGACAGUGCUCCCUAUGGCACCAAAUUUUCACGUGGUAAGACGCCAGACAUCGGUUCUAGGACAUAUACUGAAAUAAUGCGGGAACAAUUACUAAAAGGAGAAGAAACUGAAUUAAGAAAAAAACUAGCAGAGAAAGCUAAAGAAGGAACAUUAAAAGCAAAUGGUGAACCUAAACCUGCACCUAAAAAAAGAGGUCGUUGGGAUCAAACAGAUGAUGCUCCAACACCAAAAAAACCUACUGGUACAACUGCAACACCAACAUCCUGGGAUAAUGCAGAUGUAACACCAGCUGCAAUUAGAUGGGAUGAAACACCUGGACAUGGUAAAGGUGGAGAAACUCCUGGUGCAACACCAGGGUUAAGUACAAGAAUGUGGGAUGCUACUCCAGGACAUGCAACACCUGGUGCAGCUACUCCUGGUAGAGAAACUCCAUCUCAUGAAAAAGCUGUUUCAAGUCGUAGAAAUCGUUGGGAUGAAACACCAAAAACUGAACGUGAAACACCUGGUCAUAGUGGUUGGGCAGAGACUCCAAGAACAGAUCGAGUUGCGGGAGAUUUAAUUCAGGAAACACCUACUCCUUCGGCUAGCAAACGUCGAAGUCGAUGGGAUGAAACACCUUCGAAUCAAACCCCUGGAUCUAUGACGCCACAAACUCCGGCAACUCCUCUUACAACACCACAUCAAACUUCAAUUUUAACACCUAGUGGUGUAACACCAACAGGACCCAAAGCUAUGGGAUUGGCAACUCCAACACCAGGUCAUUUAAUGUCAAUGACGCCAGAACAACUUCAAGCAUAUCGCUGGGAACGAGAAAUUGAUGAAAGGAAUAGGCCCCUUUCAGAUGAUGAAUUAGAUGCUUUAUUCCCACCUGGAUAUAAAGUUUUACAACCACCUGCAGGAUAUAUUCCAAUUCGUACACCUGCAAGGAAACUUACUGCUACUCCAACACCUAUCGCGGGUACACCACAAGGAUUUUUCAUUCAAACGGAAGAUAAAACAGCAAAAUUUGUUGACAAUCAACCAAAAGGAAAUUUGCCUUUUAUGAAACCUGAAGACGCACAAUAUUUUGAUAAAUUAUUAGUUGAUGUUGAUGAAGAAACACUUAGCCCUGAAGAACAGAAAGAGAGAAAAAUCAUGAAAUUAUUAUUAAAAAUUAAAAAUGGUACACCACCAAUGAGGAAAGCUGCACUGAGACAAAUUACAGAUAAAGCAAGAGAAUUUGGUGCAGGUCCUUUAUUUAAUCAGAUACUUCCACUCCUUAUGUCUCCUACAUUGGAAGAUCAAGAACGUCAUCUUCUUGUAAAAGUUAUUGAUCGUAUUCUUUAUAAACUCGAUGAUUUGGUUAGACCUUAUGUACAUAAGAUUUUAGUCGUUAUUGAACCUUUGCUUAUUGAUGAAGAUUAUUAUGCUCGUGUCGAAGGUAGAGAAAUUAUCUCUAAUUUGGCAAAAGCUGCUGGUUUGGCAACAAUGAUUUCUACAAUGAGACCAGAUAUUGACAAUAUUGAUGAAUAUGUCCGUAAUACAACAGCCAGAGCAUUUGCUGUAGUGGCAUCAGCCUUAGGAAUUCCUUCUUUACUUCCAUUCCUUAAAGCUGUAUGUCGCAGUAAAAAAUCAUGGCAAGCUCGUCAUACUGGUAUAAAAAUUGUACAACAAAUUGCUAUUCUUAUGGGAUGUGCUAUAUUACCACAUUUAAAGAGUUUGGUUGAAAUUAUAGAACAUGGUCUCGUUGAUGAACAACAAAAAGUUCGAACUAUCACUGCUUUAGCAAUUGCUGCCUUAGCUGAAGCAGCUACACCUUACGGUAUCGAAAGUUUCGAUUCUGUUUUAAAACCACUUUGGAAAGGUAUUCGUACUCAUAGAGGAAAAGGUCUCGCUGCAUUCUUAAAGGCCAUUGGUUAUUUAAUUCCUCUUAUGGAUGCUGAAUAUGCUAAUUAUUAUACUCGUGAAGUAAUGUUAAUUCUUAUUCGUGAAUUCCAGUCACCUGAUGAAGAAAUGAAGAAGAUUGUUCUUAAAGUGGUAAAACAAUGUUGUGGAACAGAUGGUGUAGAAGCACAAUAUAUCAAAGACGAAAUUCUUCCACAUUUCUUUAAACACUUUUGGAAUCACAGAAUGGCUUUAGAUCGUAGAAAUUAUAGACAACUUGUGGAUACAACUGUAGAAAUUGCAAAUAAAGUUGGCGCAUCAGAAAUUAUAAAUCGCGUAGUAGAUGAUCUGAAGGAUGAAAAUGAACAAUAUAGAAAAAUGGUUAUGGAAACUAUUGAAAAAAUAAUGGGCAAUUUGGGAGCAGCGGAUGUUGAUUCUCGUUUGGAAGAACAACUUAUUGAUGGUAUUUUAUAUGCUUUUCAAGAACAAACAACAGAGGAUGUAGUAAUGUUGAAUGGUUUUGGUACCAUUGUGAAUACAUUAGGAAAAAGAGUAAAAGCAUAUCUUCCACAAAUAUGCGGUACAAUAUUGUGGAGAUUAAAUAAUAAAUCUGCAAAAGUAAGACAACAAGCUGCCGAUUUAAUAUCACGAAUUGCUGUUGUAAUGAAGACUUGCCAAGAAGAAAAACUAAUGGGUCAUUUAGGUGUUGUACUUUACGAAUAUUUGGGUGAAGAAUAUCCAGAAGUAUUAGGUAGUAUUUUGGGCGCAUUAAAAGCUAUUGUAAAUGUCAUAGGAAUGACAAAAAUGACACCACCUAUUAAAGAUUUAUUACCACGACUUACUCCUAUAUUAAAGAAUAGACAUGAAAAAGUACAAGAAAAUUGUAUUGAUCUCGUAGGCAGAAUUGCAGAUAGAGGACCUGAAUAUGUAUCUGCUAGAGAAUGGAUGAGAAUAUGUUUUGAACUUUUGGAACUUCUAAAAGCUCAUAAAAAAGCGAUUAGAAGAGCUACAGUAAAUACAUUUGGUUAUAUUGCAAAAGCAAUAGGUCCUCAUGAUGUGUUAGCAACUUUAUUAAAUAAUUUAAAAGUACAAGAACGUCAAAAUCGUGUAUGCACUACAGUAGCUAUAGCUAUUGUAGCUGAAACUUGUAGUCCAUUUACAGUACUUCCUGCAUUGAUGAAUGAAUAUAGAGUACCAGAACUAAAUGUACAAAAUGGCGUAUUAAAAUCUUUAUCUUUUUUGUUCGAAUAUAUCGGUGAAAUGGGAAAAGAUUAUAUUUACGCUGUUAGUCCAUUGUUGGAAGAUGCACUUAUGGAUAGAGAUUUAGUACAUAGACAAACAGCAUGUGCUGCUAUUAAACACAUGGCAUUAGGUGUUUAUGGGUUUGGAUGCGAAGAUGCGUUGAUACAUCUAUUAAAUCAUGUAUGGCCGAAUGUCUUUGAAACUUCACCUCAUUUAGUACAAGCAUUUAUGGACGCAGUAGAUGGAUUACGUGUCGCUCUUGGACCAAUUAAAAUAUUACAAUAUACUUUGCAGGGAUUAUUUCAUCCAGCACGAAAAGUACGAGAUGUAUAUUGGAAAAUUUAUAAUUCUCUUUAUAUAGGUGGACAAGAUGCUCUUGUAGCUGGUUAUCCUCGAAUUAUGAAUGAUCCAAAGAAUCAGUAUAUUAGAUAUGAAUUGGACUAUGUUUUAUAAUGAUUUUAAAUAUAUAUAUAAAAAUGUGUAUUAUACAUUUAUAUAAUCUUCGUAAAACAUAGUAUCAUUCGCUUAUUGUUUACAAGUCAGCUAAAAUAGUUAUAUUAUGUGAUGCAUAAGAUGUAGAGAGUAAACUUUGAUAGUAUUUAUUUCUUGGACUUCUUUCUAUAAACAAAUUAUAUAUAAAUUCUUUUAAAUUAAAAAUUGAUUCUAAUUACAAAUUCUUAAGAAAAAAUAUUUGUCAGUCCUUAUAAAUAAACUGUUUCGUAUUCUAAGCAAUGAA